AUGGCUUCAAACAGUUCAAGUGCUGAUUGGCAAGUUUUUGAUGAUGCUAAAAGUACUGCAUCUAAUGGCUCGCAUUGUAGCAAGAUGUCUAGUGUCAGCCAGCGCUCGGAGCGUGCUCGUUUAACAAAGUUAAAGUUGGAGGAGAUGGAGAAUGAAGCCCAGCUCCAAAGACGCAAAGUAGAAAUGGAUCAGAAAAAGGUUGAAAUGGAGCAGAAAAAGGUUGAAAUGGAGCAGAAAAAGGUUGAAAUGGACCAGGCAAAGCUCGAAAUUGAUAUUAACUUGUCACGCGCUAAGGCAUCCAUGAUAGAUGAGGAAUUAGAAUCUCUAGCGUCCGCCAGCCGGGCACCUUCAUGUGUAGGUUCUAUUUCUUCGUUACGACAAGAUGUAACUCAAGUUUCAGAUGUGCCUCCCGCAAUGCCAAAUAAUGCAUAUGGCGAACAAGUUAAUGCAUGUCUUGAUGAAGUUGAACCAGCGUCAGUUUCUCAUGAGCACCAGACAAAGCAAACUCCUUCAUUUCAAAGUCAUCCUAGCCCACCUAUUGCGUCACAAACAUACAUGAACAAAGAUUAUCUCCCUAGCAUACAACAAGCAAAUCAUCCUUAUAUUGGUCAGGUUCCCCAGUCGGAACAACAACGCUACUCAGGUGCUGAAUACCACUCACCGGGAAGACAUAACGAGCAAUGUAACAUUAACCAUACUGCUGCGGACAGAUAUCACUCAGUCUAUCAAGCACCACAAGAGAUGCAAUAUAAUUCAUCUUUUACAUACAAUAACAUUCUGCAACCUCAACCAAGAAGACAGGAGUCUAAACAUGUUCCUGAUAGACAAGUUUUUAUGCAAGGUAAUCCAACUAGCUAUAGCCAUGGGCCUACACCAGUUUCGGUUGGUGAUAACCAAAGUUCCAUGAGUCUUGCUGAUGCUCUGUAUUGCAUGGCAUCUUCAAUUAGACAAGGACCUCAAGAAAUAGAAAAAUUUGAUGGAGAUGCGUUGAGUUAUCACAGGUUUAUUCAAAAUUUUGAUGAUAUGUAUGAUAGUAAAAUUGCAGAUCCUCGUACUAAACUCAACUAUUUGAUUGAUCAAUGUACCGGAAAAGCCAGAAAGGCAAUUGAAUCUUGUAUCAUAGUGAAACCACCUUUGCAAGGCUAUCUUGAUGCACGCUCCAUUCUCAAACAACAAUUCGGACGAGAUUACAAAGUUGUAAACGCAUUCAUGGAUUCACUCAAAAAUGGUCCUAGCAUAAAGCCACAAGAUUCUGAAGCAUUAUAUGAUCUUGCCACACAAAUGCGUAAUUGUGGUAUCAUUUUGACGAAUUGGGAACAUAGCUCUAAGCUUGACAGUCAAGAUCUGUUUGACAAAAUCUAUUUACGACUUCCAGUACCAAUGCAAAGAGAGUUCACAAGACAUCAUACAUCUACUUACAAUAGUGACAAAGAACCAACAUAUCAUGAUUUGUAUAAAUUUGUUAAUCAAUCUGCAAUAUUGGCAGAUACUAGGCUGAGCCGUCUCACUGCAGAGCAAAAUUUGAAGAAUAGAAAUGCUAUGCAAAAAAGAGCUAUAAUUCUACCAAGGUGUCCACUUAUGUCACCCAAACAUCACAAGUUAAGUCGUCCAAUGUGUUUUCGGAUUGUUUACUUUGUGAUGGACCCCACAGGUUGUGGAAAUCAUGUAGCACGCAACUGUCCCAGUGACAACCGAUGCAAAAUUGAGAACUGCGGAAAAUUGCACCAUUCGCUUCUACACAACCAAGAACGUAUCAGACAGGACAAGCCUUCUGAUAGAAAUGCAGCAAGUGACACUUCAACUCAUGUUGUCAAUGGAAGCACUGAUGCAUCAAUUCUCAAUUCAAGGAAAAGGGUAUAUCUCAUGAUUGUACCAGUUAAUGUAACUUCGUCAGAUGGUUCACACUCUGUGAAAACCACUGCACUUCUUGAUUAUGGCUCAAAUGCAACUCUUUGUAAGCUAAGUCUUAUGAAGAAACUCAAGGUGAAAGGAAAGCAAGAUUCUUUCACUAUUUCCACAGUCAAUGGCCUACAUAAGCAAAACGGCUACAGAUUGCAUCUAAAUAUUAAGGGUCUACAGGAAUCUGACGAGUUUAUGUUGGAAGAUGUUCUAGCUGUUGAGUCACUUCCAAUACUUUCAGAUGGACUUCCUACGAAGGCAGAUAUACAAAGUUAUCGGCAUCUUAACGGUAUCGAUUUUCCUGAAAUAGGGAAUCAUGAACCAGAAUUAUUGAUUGGUGCUGAUAAUUAUGAAGCUCUAAUAAUUCAAGAUAGAAGACUAGGGAAUAAAGGCCAACCUGCAGCUGUUCAUACCCCACUUGGAUGGACACUCAUAGGCAAAGAUGUUUCAAGGGUCACCAAUGGUAUGUCUAUCAAUUUUGCUAACGUUGAAAAGGAUAUUCUUUGUGAACAAUUGCAAAAAAUGUUUAAUUGUGACUUCAGUGAAUCCGAUUUCACUGAAGAAUUUGCACCUUCAAUCGAAGAUACGAGAGCUUUGUCAAUCAUGGAAAAUUCAAUAUGUAAAGUUGAUGGUCACUAUCAAAUGAGGUUACCAUGGAAAUGUGAAGAACCCCAAUUCCCACAGAGUUAUAAAUUUGCAAAGAAACGACUUGAUUAUUUGAAGAGAAAAUUUCAACGUGAUCCAGAGUAUUUUGAUAAAUACAAAGAAAAAAUUCAUGAAUAUAUUGACAAUGAUUAUGCUAAGAAAAUACCUGAAGACCAUGUCCCAUCUGAUGAAAGGAAGAUUUGGUAUUUACCUCAUCACUCAACUGGUGAAAAGUUCAGGCUUGUGUUUGAUUGUUCAUUCAAGGUGGACAAUAUAUCACUCAACAAUCAAGUAUUACAAGGACCAGACCACUGCUCAAAUCUUGUUGGAGUUCUGACCAGAUUCAGACAGAAAGACAUAGCCUUUGUGUGUGACAUAAAAGGAAUGUUUCAUCAAGUUAAAGUUCAUCCUGAGGAUUGGGAUUCUCUGAGAUUCCUAUGGUAUCCAAAUGAUGACAUUUCAAAAGAACCUGAAUCUUACUUUAUGACAAGAAGUCUUUUUGGCCUAACCAGUUCACCCAGUGCAGCUGGAUAUGCUUUAAAAAGAGCUGCAAUAGAUAAUGAAACAAAUGCUAAUAUUGAUGUUUUAAAUACAGUUAAUAAUAAUUUUUAUGUUGAUGACUGUUUGAAAUCUUGUGAUUCUUCUCAUUGUGCUAUUGAUGUCAUUAAUCAGUUAGAUUGCUUGUUAUCUAAUGUAGGUUUUCAUCUUACCAAGUAUCGCAGUAACUGCCGGUCUGUUCUUUCUUCUAUUUCAGAUAUAGACAAAGCUAAAGAUAGUUUUUUGGAUUUAACUCUUGAUAAAUCAUAUUGCUCUAAGACACUUGGUAUUAUGUGGAAUAAUGUCAGUGACCAGUUCACUGUGAAAGUGGAUAUAAAGCCAAAGCCUCUCACGAGACGUGGUUGUCUCUCUAUGAUAUCACAAAUAUAUGAUCCAUUGGGUAUGAUGCAACCAUUCAUCUUACCAAUGAAAAGCCUCAUGCAAACUCUAUGUGCUCAAGAUAUUGGAUGGGACUCUCCGAUCCCAACCCGAUAUGAAGAAAUAUGGCAAAAAUGGGUUAACGAGCUUCCGAGACUGCAGGAAGUGUCCAUUCCCAGAUGUUUCAAACCACCAGGAUUUAAGACAGACCACAUUGAGCUUCAUACGUUUUGUGAUGCCAGCCAAGUUGGAUAUGGUGCAGUAAUUUAUUUGCGCAUGACGUCACAAAAUGGUGUUAUUCAUUGCUCAUUUGUUUUGGGAAAAUCUCGAGUGACACCCAGAAAGCAGAUUACCAUCCCAAGAUUGGAGCUAUGUUCAGCUGUACUCGCAGUGAAGCUCAGUCGAUUUGUCCUAAAGGAGUUGGAAUACAAAGUCAACAAUGUUUGUUACUGGACAGAUUCAACUUCUGUGCUCCAGUAUCUAUCAAAUACAUCAGCAAGGUAUCAUGUUUUUGUAGCUAACCGAGUGGCUCAAAUUCACAAUAGUUCAUCGAUUAAUCAAUGGAGACAUGUAGACACUAAAAAUAACCCUGCAGAUGUAGCAUCACGAGGAUUAAGUCCUAGAUGUAUCGACAAAGCCAUUUCUUGGUUUAACGCGCCUGAAUUUCUUUGGCAUUCUCAGGAACACUGGCCUAAGCGUCCUGAAGUUUUACCUCAAAUUCCUGAAAAUGAUCCUGAAGUCAAGACUAUAAUAAAUACGAAUGUUAAUAUGGAAAAGGAUAAUGUCAAGUCUGUAUUGUCUAUGCUUAUGGAGCGCUACUCAGAUUAUGGGCGACUUCAAAGGGCAAUUGCUUGGAUAAAACGUUUCACAAAUUUCUGCAAAGCAAAGUAUUUGCACAAAGUUAAAUUUCAAGAUAUAGGCAAAUUAAGUGUUGAUGAGCUGGAUUAUGCCACUCAUGAAAUUCUCAGAAUCACCCAGCGUGAUGUGUUUUCUAAACAAAUGAAGUAUCUUGAAAUGAAUAAUAAAGAACAUAGGGUUCCAAAGAGUCAACUUCGUAAAGGUCAAUGUCAGUCACUUCAGAAUUUAUGUCCAUUUAUCGAAGAUGAUUUGAUGAGAAUUGGAGGACGUCUUCAACAUUCUUUGCUACCACUUCAUAGCAAACAUCAAAUAAUUCUACCUCAAGAUCACCAUGUGACAAGAUUACUCAUCAAAAAGUACCAUGAGCAAGAGGGACAUAGUGGCACAUUACAUGUUCUUGCAGUCAUUCGAGAACGUUACUGGAUAAUACAUGGUCAAUCUACUGUUCGCUCUUACCUAAGGAAAUGUCUCAAAUGCCGCAUGCAAAGAGCAAAGGCCGGCAAACAAGUUAUGGCACCUCUUCCUGCCAGCAGGGUAACCCCAGGUCAUCCAGCCUAUACAUGGACUGGAAUAGAUUAUAUGGGGCCAGUCAUAAUCAAGCAAGGAAGAAGCACAAUAAAGCGAUAUGUUUGUGUUUUCACAUGCAUGUCUUCUCGUGCUGUUCAUCUCGAAGUUUCACAUUCUUUGGAGACCAAUUCGUUUUUAAAUGCCUUGGAACGAUUUUCAAGUCGUCAUAUCAUGCCAAAGGAGAUCUACUGUGACAAUGCCUCUACAUUUGUUGGGGCCGAACGAGAACUCAAGGCUGCAAUAAAGAGCUGGAACAAUGAUAAAUUACACAACUAUAUGCUUAAUCGUGGUGUCAAGUUCAUCCACUCACCUCCACUUGCUUCCCACCAAGGAGGAUGUUGGGAAGAAUUAUUCGUACAUGACGAUGCUGCGGAUUCUCCCCCUCUAACUCCAAAGAUGCUGUUGACGGGUCAACUAGACUCGUCGCUUUCUCCUGGAGAGUUCAACCGAGCAGAUGGAUAUCGUAAAUCCUGGAAACUAGUCCAUCGCUUAGCGGAUCAAUUUUGGUCACAAUGGAUCAAGCAAUAUCUUCCUCAACUUCAGGCCAGACAAAAGUGGCUCCAUCCCGAAAGAAACUUCAAAAAGGGCGAUUUAGUUCUCGUUGUAGAUGAGAACACCAAGCGAGGCUUAUGGCCCAAAGGAAUCAUCAGGGAGACCUUUCCUGACAGUAAUGGUCAUGUUAGAAGAGUGCGUGUAGACACGGCCUCUUCAUCUUUCAUUCGUGAUAUCAGAAAAUUAUGCUUCCUAGAAGAAUUGUGA